UAUUAAUCCACUCGUUAUUGUUAUCCCCUGUAAUUUUUUUUUUGUCAUACUUUGGAUAAAGCCUUGUUAUAGAUUUUCUCCGGAGCAGGGCUUCGUUCUCUCACGACGCGGGCGCGGCGCGGCGAGGCGAGAUCCGGACCGUAAGUAUGUCCAAGCUGGAUCAGGUUGAUAAUGUCAAGGGUGGCAACACCCUUGAUCUGACUAAUGAUGGAAGAGGCCAGCCUCAGGGAAUCCAUAGUUGGAUGCCAGAAACAGGAAAGGAAUGAUACCAAGAAGAGCGCAAUCCAUGCUGAAAUUGCAAGAGUUAAUCAGCUUCCUCCUAAUAGCAGCUAUGCUGUACAUCGCAUGCGUGUGCUGAACAAAAUUCUACACCUUAUGGCUAUUGAGAGGAGUAGGUCACAGGAUGAAGAGCUGGAGCUACUUUUUGCUGGGCUUUCUUUGUGAAGAUGAGCAUCUUGUUCAUUUAGCAAACAACCAAGGGACUUUUAUCAUGACGGAGAUGGAACCCAUGCAUCAUUGGGAGUACUUUAAUGGAAUGCGAGAAUCUGAUAGUCUUUGGUUCUGUUUAUACGAAAGCUUGGUUAUCUUUUCAUCUUUGAUUUGAUUAGUAAUGCAGUUAUAAUGGAAAUCUACAGUUAUCUGUAAAGGCCUUCUUUGUUUUCAUGGGGUUAAAGCAACUGCCGCUGCUGGAACCUUUACCCGCUAGAGAGGGGUUUUUGUAAAGAUGUUUUCUGUAUUAAUUUUGGUGGUGAAGCUUGUUAUUUGGAUUCUCCUUAAUGUUUCAUAUUUAAGUUGUGAGA